AUGUCCAAGCCUUCAAUCAUAUUCGUCACUGGUUCAUUUUCAGUUCCCGCGCUCUACGAUUCCAUGUUCGAAGCCGUCCGAGCAAGAGGCUACGAAAUCCAAGGUUUCCAUCACCUUACAGCCGGCCUCAGAGCAAGAGAAGGGAGGCCUGGGGAACCACCAACCAUGUACGACGAUGCCGCCGCGCUUCAUGCCAUGGCCGAGAAGCUUGCAGACGAGGGAAAAGAUGUGAUUCUCGUCUCUCAUUCUUACGGGGGCGUUCCAGUGUCUGAGUGCACCAAGGGUGUGAGCAAAAUCGAGAGAGAGCAACAAGGGAAGAAAGGUGGGAUUAUUCAUAUCGCGUAUAUGACAUCGGUUGUUCCAGCUAUUGGAGAAUCCUUGGCAACUGCCCAGCAGUCAAGGUCGGAUAUACCUAUCAAGAUUCUGGUACAUGGUCCCCUCAACUGCCUUGUUAUGUACUCUAAUAAACCUGUGAUAGGAUAAUGGCUGGAUGAUUCAGGAAGAUCCGGCUGCUAUCGCGGCACUUAUACUUCCGGACCUGCCAGCAGAUGUCGGUACGUUAUUGAAGCACUUUUGGAAAGAGGUAAUAGCGACUAAUGACAAUGUGAUCAUUAGGUACAGAACUUAUCGCGAAGUUCACUUGUCAUUCUGCAGUCAGUUUCAGUAAUGAGUUGACAUAUGCCGGAUACAAGGAUAUUCCAACUUCUUAUCUACUCUGUGAAAUUGAUGCAACUAUUCCAGUCGAGAGGCAAAAGCGCGCGAUUGAAAACAUUGAGAAGUUGAGCGGAAAGAAGGUUGCUGUUACGAGCAUUAACGCGGGACAUAUCCCACAUGUCAGUGCACUACCAGAGGUGGUCGAUUGGAUUGUGGAUGUUGCUGAAAAGGCGUAA